GCAUUUCUUAUGACGUUUCCACCCGGCUUGUUUCUCUUCUCCUCUCCUCUCCUCUCGUUUCCUUUCCUCGGUAGAACGUAUUUCUGUCUGUAGCCGACUAACGUUAGCUAGCAUUAUGGCCAACGUUGUGGAUACCAAGCUAUACGACAUCCUCGGAGUUUCACCCUCCGCCUCAGAAAACGACCUAAAGAAGGUACGUGACUGGUGUUGUGUAAAUAAAUAAUACACAAUCCGUGCCUACAGAAAAUGUGGCGAAAAAUUAUAAGACCGCAAAACAGGGUUGAUGUGGCCUUGCCAACACUGUUCAGAUGCUAAGCUAAUUAGCUAGUUAACCUAUCGCUAGUUAACGUUAGCUAGACAACUAGCUAAUCGUGCAAGCUAGCCAGUGCAUAUUCUGUUGUAAAUAUCUAAUGAAAAGCAAUAGUCUUUCUCUGAUUGAAAAGCGCGAGCUAAGGUAGCUAGCUGACUAGUUAGUUAACUAGCUGUUAGAAAGUUGGUUAGAUGUAUUUUAUACAUGAGAAACUAGGCAUAGAAAAGUAGCCCAGGCAGCGGCCGAUCGUUGCUAGGCAGUGCAGACUUCUACGCAACGUUAGCUGCAGUAGCUAGCUAACGUUAGCGUAAUAUACUGCGCUAGCUGACGUGAGUAAAACAAAGCUGGCAGAGUAAAACCAUAUAGAAGUACUAGGUAUGUUAUUUGUUAGUUAGCUAGUUAUAGCCAGCUAGUACAUAAUGAGAUCGUAAUUUAUCUAAUUUGUCUGGUAAUGUUAGCUAGCUAGCUGAAUCUAUUGUUAGCUAACGUUAGCUAAUGUCUAAAGUUAGUUACACUCUGUCGUCAUGUUUUUGACAUAUACUACAGAUUGCUAUCUUACUAGGGAUAGUCAUGAAGAGGAUGAUGAUGAUGUUAGCCUGUUCGUUAGCUAACGUUAGAAGACUUUCAGAUUCACCAAGUGUUGCUCUUGCCGCAGCAGCAGGGUAAAGCUACGCAGUUAGAAAAGGUUGGCCCUACAACAGCCCACUCCCAGACAGUGACUGAUGAUGUACGUCUGUCUCUCUUGUGUUCAGGCAUACCGCAAAUUGGCCAAAGAGUUUCACCCUGAUAAGAACCCAGAUGCCGGGGACAAGGUAAGAGACUGGCAGUUACACAAACAACACAUUCACAACAUGACACAGCACACACACACAAAACGAAUCACAGCAGCACAUAACGCUCAUCAAGCGACAUCACGACCACCAGCCAUGGUAGGACCAUCACAAAGGCCUAUCUGUAUUGAGCAGUAACAGAGACUGGUAUCAAUCGCCUUUGGUAUUACUCAAAUGGCCACCUCUCCAGAGUAAGAGUGCACCAGCUAGUCUGUUGAGGCACCCUCUCUCCUGGUCUCAUCUGCUUCAUCUGCAGCACUGCCCCAACCGGCAUCUUCUUCUGCAUCUCUAUCAGCUGUCCUGUGUAACAUCAGUGCAGAUGGAGAGGAAACCAUGUUAGACAAUUGAGAUGGGAGGAGAGGAUCUGUGAGACAACUACAUGUGAUGAUUGUUCAUGUGGAUUUAAAGUAAACAGUACGGAAAAUGUCACCUGGGGUUGUCGAAUGUCUGGGGGUAGUUAUGACAGAGAAUGGCAGGUCCCUCCCUAAUGAUUACCGCCCCCCCCCCCCCUUCUCUCCCAGUUUAAGGAGAUCAGUUUUGCGUAUGAGGUGCUGACCAAUCCUGAGAAGAAGGAGCUGUAUGACCGUUAUGGAGAGCAGGGGCUGCGGGAGGGAGGUGGUGGAGGGGCUGGCAUGGAUGACAUCUUCUCCCACAUCUUUGGAGGUGGGCUGUUUGGCUUCAUGGGGGGGCAGGGACGCGGAGGAGGAGGACGCAACGGGGGGCGCAGGAGAGGAGAGGACAUGGUGCACCCCCUCAAGUGAGUGACAGUUACUCUCCCUUCACAUCUAUGGUCCUCUAUCCAGACAUUGCUAGUUAUGCCUUACCUAACCCUGCCUACCUGUCUAACAGAGUUUCACUGGAAGACCUCUACAAUGGUAAAACAACUAAACUACAACUCAGCAAGAAUGUCCUGUGUGCUUCCUGCAAUGGGUGAGUCUACACACACACUUUAAUGUAAUUGACAUGGAAAUCAAUGUUAGUUACACUUUUUGAAAUACACUGAACAAAAAUAUAAAUGCAACAAUUUCAACGAUUUUACUGAGUUACAGUUCAUAUAAGGAAAUUAGUCAAUGGAAAUAAAUGAAUUAGGUCCUAAACUAUGGAUUUUACAUGACUGGGAAUACAGUAUGUGAGCGGAGCGAAGAGCGGAGCAUGCCCAAUUAGACUGGAGCGCAGAGCGAGAUUCCCAAAUGCUGGAGUGUCGGCCUACUCGUCCGCUCCAAUUUCGCUCCAAUAGUGCUCACAUCACGAGCUCUGGGCAUGCCCGGCCCAGCAUGCAUUUGUAGUCUACUUGUGUACUGCUAUAGCCCCUUGCUUUAGCUACUGUCGUGGAGUUCGCUAAAUAUUUUCAUAAAGAAACGGAUAAAACACACAGGUGCAAAAUCAAGGUGACUUACAAAGAUGAGGACCAAGAGAGGGAGUGCGGUGAUGUAGUGUCCACAACUAAAUAAUCAUUGUUGAAUCUGAAAAUACAUGUAUCGCUGCUGGCAUGCUCUCCAGGCACCAUCGCAUGAGCCUGAAGCCACAGACUGGCCAAACUCUUGUUUCUAAAAAUGAAUUCAAAGGCACUAAUAAGGCAUUUUUUGUUUAAUUUGUAUUUAAUUCUAAGUAAGUCACAGCCUACCGUGCAUUGGGAAAAUAUUCAGACGCCUUGACUUUUUCCACUUUGUUACGUUACAGCCUUAUUCUAAAAUUGAUUAAAUAGUUUUUCCCCCUCAUCAAUCUACACACUACCCCAUAAUGACAAAGCAAAAACAGGUUUUUAGAAAUGUUGGCAAAUGUAUUAAAAAGGGAAAUAUCACAUUUACAUGAAGUAUUCAGACCCUUUACUCAGUACUUUGUUGAAGCACCUUUGGCAGCGAUUAUAGCCUCAAGUCAUCUUGGGUAUGACGCUACAAGUUUGGCACACCUGUAUUUGGGGAGUUUCUCCCAUUCUUCUCUACAUAUCCUCUCAAGCUCUGUCAGGUUGGAUGGGGAGCGUCGCUGCACAGCUAUUUUCAGGUCUCUGGCUGGGCCACUCAAGGACAUUCAGAGACUUGUCCCGAAGCCACUCCUGCGUUGUCUUUGCUAUGUGCUUAGGGUCGUUGUCCUGUUGGAAGGUGAACCUUCGCCCCAGUCUGAGGUCCUGAGCGCUCUGGAGCAGGUUUUCAUCAAGAAUCUGUGUACUUUGCUCCAUUUCUUUCCCUCAAUCCUGACUAGUCUCCCAGUUCCUUUCGCAGAAAAAUAUCCCCACAGCAUGAUGCUGCCACCACCAUUCUUCACCGUAGGGAUGGUGCCAGGUUUCCUCCAGAUGUGACGCUUAGCAUUCAGGCCAAAGAGUUCAAUCUUGGUUUCAUCAGACCAGAGACUCUUGUUUCUCAUGGUCUGAGAGUCAUUUUGGUGCCUUUUGGCAAACUCCAAGCGGGCUGUCGUGCCUUUUUACUAAGGAGUGGCUUCUGUCUGGCCACUCUACCAUAAAGGCCUGAUUGGUGGAGUGCUGCAGAGAUGGUUGUCCUUCUGGAAGGUUCUCCCAUCUCCACAGAGGAACUCUGGAGCUCUGUCAGAGUGACCAUCGGGUUCUUGGUCACCUCCCUGACCAAGGCCCUUCUUCCAUGAUUGCUCAGUUUGGCCGGGCGGCCAACUCUAGGAAGAGUCUUAGUGGUUCCAAACUUCUUCCAUUUAAGAAUGAUGGAGGCCAUUGUGUUCUUGGGGACCUUCAAUGCUGCAGACAUUUUUUGGUACCCUUCCCUAAAUCUGUGCCUCGACAUAAUCCUGUCUCAGAGCUCUACGGACAAUUCCUUCGACCUCAAGGCUUGGUUUUUGCUCUGACAUGCACUGUCAACUGUGGGACCUUAUAUAGACAGGUGUGUGCCUUUUCAAAUCAUGUCCAAUCAAUUGAAUUUACCCCAUGUGGACUCCAAUCAAGUUGUAGGAUGAUCAAUGGAAACCGGAUGCACCUGAGCUCAAUUUCGAGUGUAAUAGCAAAGCGUCUUAAUACUUACGUGAAUAAGGUAUUUCUGUUUUUUUAUUUUUAAUAAAUGUACAAAAAUGUAUAACUUUUUUUUGCUUUGUCAUUAUGGGGAAUUGUGUGUAGAUUGAGGAAAACAAUUUAAUCAAUUUUAGAAUAAGGCUGUGACGUAACAAAUGUGGAAAAAGUCGAGGGGUCUGAAUACUUUCCGAAUGCACUGUAUAUGCACUAUUUAUAGACUAAAAUUAUUUUUAUACAACGAAAUGUUGUUUAGAUGCUGAGGGCUUUAUGUCCCUACCAGCCUAUUGUGUUGCACUCGCUAAUGCUUCACAAUGCAUUUAUUUGUAGGUUUUAGCCUUGAAAUAAUAUAGUCUAAAUAAUUCAUUUUUGUUCCUUCUUAUGCUCCCUGUCUGGCUCCUGACCUAUUUAGAGUGUUUUAAAUGCUGUUUAAUAUGACAUGUAGCCUAUUUGUAAUUAUGAGCGCUUCUUGCUUUCACCUUUUCAUGUUUAUUAAAAUACUUUUCAUUAAAAUCAUAUGGUUUGGUUUCAAUAAUUCAAAACCAAAUGGUAGGUCCAGGUAGUCACAGAAAUAGAUGGGUGUUGGUUAAAUUGUGAUUUUAGUGAAUGGAGCGAAUUUGGAGCGGCAGUGUUUUUUUUUCUUUCUGUGAGCGCGGAGCGGUUUUUAGCGGAGUGGUUGGAAAGGACGUGGAGCGCCGUAGCGGUGCGGUGCUCCAUGAGCGAUGAGCGGGAUUUCCAAGUGGGGGGUAGGGGCGUAUGAGCGUGGAUCAGAAAACCAGUCAGUAUCUGGUGUGACCAGAUCAGGCUGUUGAUUGUGGCCUGUGGAACGUUGUCCCACUCUUCAACGGCUGUGCGAAGUUAAGGGAACUGGAACACGUCAUACAUGUCGAACCAGAGCAUCCCAAUCAUGCUCAAUGGGUGUGUAUGCAGGCCUUGGAAGAACUGGGACAUUUUCAGCUUCCAGGAAUUGUGUACAGAUCCUUUCGACAUGGGGCCGUGCAUUAUCAUGCUGAAACAUGAGGUGAUAGCGGCGGGUGAAUGGCACGACAAUGGGCCUUAGGAUCUCAUCACGAUAUCUCUGGCAUUCAAAUUGCCAUCAAUAAAAUGCAAUUGUGUUCGUUGUCCAUAGCAUAUGCCUGCCCAUACCAUAACCCCACCGCCACCAUGGGGCACUCUGUUCACAACACUGACAUCAGCGAACCGCUCGCCCACACGACAUCACUGUGUGCCACUUGCAUGGUACAGUUGAAAUCGGGAUUAAUCUGUGAAGAGCACACUUCUCCAGGAUGCCAGUGGCAAUCGAAGGUGAGCAUUUGCCCAUAGAAGUCGGUUACGAUGCCGAACUGCAGUCAGGUCAAGACCCUGGUGAGGACGAUGAGCAUGCAGAUGAGCUUCCCUGAGACGGUUUCUGACAAUUUGUGCAGAAAUUCAUUGGUUGUUCAAACCCACAGUUUCAUCAGUAGUCCGGUUGGCUGGUCUCAGACAAUCCCGCAGGUGAAGAAGCCAGGAUGUGGAGGUCCUGCGCUGACGUGGUUACACUUGGUCUGCGGUUGUGAGGCCGGUUGGACGUACUGCCAAAUUCUCUAAAAUGAUGACGGAGGUGGCUUAUGGUAGAGAAAUUAACAUUCAAUUCUCUAGCAGCAGCUCUGGUGGAACAUUCCUGCAGUCAGCGUGCCAGUUGCAUGCUCCCUCAACUUGAGACAUCUGUGGCAUUGUGUUGUGUGACAAAACUGGACACUUUAGUGGCCUUUUAUUGUCCCCAGCACAAGGUGCACCUGUGAUGAUCAUGCUGUUUAAUCAGCUUCUUGAUAUGCCACACCUGUCAGGUUUUUAUUUUAUUUUUUAUUUAACCUUUAUUUAACCAGGUAAGCCAGUUGAGAACAAGUUCUCAUUUACAACUGCGACCUGGCCAAGAUAAAGCAAAGCAGUGCGAUUUAAAAACAACAGAGUUACAUAUGGGAUAAACAAAACGUACAGUCAAAAAGACCAAUAGAAGAUCUAUAUACAGUGUGUGCAAAUGUAGUAAGUUAUGGAGGUAAGGCAAUAAAAUAGGCCAUAGUGCAAAAUAAUUACAAUUUAGUAUUAACACUGGAGUGAUAGAUGUGCAAAUAGAGAUACUGGGGUGCAAAUUAGCAAAAUAAAUAACAAUAUGGGGAUGAAGUAGUUGGGUGGGCUAAUUACAGAUGGGCUGUGUACAGGUGAAGUGAUUUGUAAGCUGCUCUGACAACUGAUGCUUAAAGUUAGUGAGGGAGAUAAGUGUCUCCAGCUUCAGAGAUUUUUGCAGUUCGUUCCAGUCAUUGCCAACAGAACUGGAAGGAAUGGCGGCCAAAGGAGGUGUUGGCUUUGGGGAUGACCAGUGAGAUAUACCUGCUGAAGCGCAUACUACGGGUGGGUGUUGCUAUGGUGACCAAUGAGCUAAGAUAAGGCAGGGAUUUGCCUAGCAGUGAUUUAUAGAUGACCUGGAGCCAGUGGGUUUGGCGACGAAUAUGUAGUGAGGGCCAGCCAACGAGAGCGCACAGGUCACAAUGAUGGGUAGUAUAUGGGGCUUUGGUGACAAAACGGAUGGCACUGUGAUAGACUACAUCCAAUUUUCUGAGUAGAGUGUUGGAAGCUAUUUUGUAAAUGACAUUGCCGAAGUCAAGGAUCGGUAGGAUAGUCAGUUUUACGAGGGCAUGUUUGGCAGCAUGAGUGAAGGAGGCUUUGUUGCGAAAUAGGAAGCUGAUUCUAGAUUUAACUUUGGAUUGGAGAUGCUUAAUGUGAGUCUGGAAGGAGAGUUUACGGUCUAACCAGACACCUAGGUAUUUGUAGUUGUAUCAGACCCGCCGUGAGUAGUGAUUCUAGUUGGGCGAGCGGGUGCAAGCAGCGUUCGAUUGAAGAGCAUGCAUUUAGUUUUACUAGCGUUUAAGAGCAGUUGGAGGCUACGGAAGGAGUGUUGUAUGGCAUUGAAGCUCGUUUGGAGGUUUGUUAACACAGUGUCCAAUGAAGGGCCAGAUGUAUACAAAAUGGUGUCGUCUGCAUAGAGGUGGAUCUGAGAGUCACCAGCAGCAAGAGCGACAUCAUUGAUAUACACAGAGAAUAGAGUCGGCCCGAGAAUUGAACCCUGUGGCACCCCCAUAGACUGCCAGAGGUCCAGACAACAGGCCCUCCGAUUUGACACAUUGAACUCUAUCUGAGAAGUAGUUGGUGAACCAGGCGAGGCAGUCAUUUGAGAAACCAAGGCUAUUUAGUCUGCCAAUAAGAAUGCGGUGAUUGACAGUCGAAAGCCUUGGCCAGGUCGAUGAAGACGGCUGCACAGUACAGUUUUUUUAUCGAUCACGGUUAUAAUAUCGCUUAGGACCUUGAGCGUGGCUGAGGUGCACCCAUGACCAGCUCGGAAACCAGAUUGCAUAGCGGAGAAGGUACGGUGGGAUUGGAAAUGGUCGGUUUGUUAACUUGGCUUUCGAAAGGCAAGGCAGGGCAGGAUGGCUGGAUUAUCUUGGCAAAGGAGAAAUGCUCACUAACAGGGAUGUAAAGAAAUUUCCUCACAAAAUUUGAGAGAAGUAAGGUUUUUGUGCGUAUUGAACAUUUCUGGGAUCUUUUAUUUCAGCUAAUGAAACAUGGGACCAACACUUUACAUGUUGCGUUUAUAUUUUUAUUCAGUAUAAAUAUCAUCUUUCAUGGACAGAGCUAUGGAUGCAGGACUGACCAUUCAUGAUAUAAACAUUUAUAGUUUUAACAAUGUUUUGAAGCUAUAUAACAUUUGUUUACUUUGUUUAUAAAACAAGGUUAUAUUUUGGGUUAUGAUAGGAUAUGACAGUUGAACUAAGCUCAUGAGGCAUUUAUAAGUUCUAUUCUUUAAGAAUCAAUGGGUACGUGUCAUUAAUUUAUAAGUCCAAAAAUGAAUAUAGGCAGGAUUGCUGAUUGCCCGUUUAACAUGUGAUAUAUUGUUUAAUGUGAUACUUGUCUCUCCUCUCUCUGGUCCGUCUCCAGUGCGGGGGGUAAGGCGGGGGCGGUGCAGAAGUGUGUGGCAUGCAGAGGGAGAGGCAUGAGGAUCAUGAUCAGACAGCUGGCUCCUGGCAUGGUCCAACAGAUGCAGUCAGUCUGCACAGACUGCAACGGAGAGGGUAGGACCACACACACACACGUAGUCUGCAAUUAUCAAUACACUAUACAUAUUUAUUUUUUUAAUUGCUAGGAAACUAAUCUGUUUGUUGUGUUUGUGUAGGGGAGGUGAUCAGUGAGAAGGACCGCUGUAAGAAGUGUGAGGGUCGUAAGGUGAACAAGGAGACCAAGCUGUUGGAGGUCCAUGUUGAUAAAGGCAUGAGGCAUGGCCAGAAGAUCAGCUUCACUGGAGAGGCUGACCAAGCCCCAGGCACUGAGCCUGGAGACAUCCUACUGGUCCUACAGGAGAAGGAGCACGAGGUAAAACACACACACAUACACACUGUAGCAGAGAGUACUUGAAGACUUAAACGAACUGCUUAGGAAACCACUGAGUGAAGUGUUAAGAAAUUCAAAAUAGAAUUUUGCUGGUUGCGAACACACAUUUUGCCGAUAUUGCAGUUUCAGCUAAAUGCUUAUGUUUCUAGCUCUAACAAUGCAGUAUACCUAACAAUACACACAAAUCCCCAAAAUAUAGAAAUAUCAGAACAAGCAAUGUCAGUCAGAAAAAAAAAUAUAUACAGUACCAGUCAAAAGUUUAGACACACCUACUCAUUCAAGGGUUUUUCUUGAUUUUUACUAUUUUCUACAUUGUAGAAUAAUAGUGAAGACAUCAAAACUAUGAAAUAACACAUAUGGAAUCAUGUAGUAACCAAAAAAGUGUUAAACAAAUCUAAAUAUAUUGCCUUGAUGACAGCUUUUCAAACUCUUGGCAUUCUCUCAACCAGCUUCACCUGGAAUGCUUUUCUAACAGUCUUGAAGGAGUUCCCACAUAUGCUGAGCACUUGUUGGCUGCUUUUCCUUCACUCUGCCGUUCGACUCAUCCCAAACCAUCUCAAUUGGGUUGAAGUCGGGGGAUUGUGGAGGCCAGGUCAUCUGAUGCAGCACUCCAUCACUCUCCUUCUUGGUAAAAUAGCCCUUACACAGCCUGGAGGUGUGUUGGGUCAUUGUCCUGUUAAAAAACAAAUGAUAGUCCGACGAAGCCCAAACCAGAUGGGAUGGCGUAUCGCUGCAGAAUGCUGUGGUAGCCAUGCUGGUUAAGUGUGCCUUGAAUUCUAAAUAGAUCACAGACAGUGUCACCAGCAAAGUACCCCACACCAUAACACCUCCUCCUUAAUGCUUUACGGUCGGAACUACACAUGCAGAGAUCAUCCGUUCACCCACACUGCGUCUCACAAAGACACGGCGGUUGGAGGCAAAAAUCUCAAAUUUGGACUCCAGACCAAAGGACAAAUUUCCACCGGUCUAAUGUCCAUUGCUUGUGUUUCUUGGCCCAAGCAGGUCUCUUCUUAUUAUUGGUGUCCUUUAGUAGUGGUUUCUUUGCAGCAAUUCGCCCAUGAAGGCCUGAUUCACACAGUCCCCUCUGAAUAGUUGAUGUUGAGAUGUGUCUGUGACUUGAACUUUGUCAUUAUGGGGUAUUGUGUGUAGAUUGAGGAGGGAAAAAACGAUUUAAUCAAUUUUAGAAUAAGGCUGUAACCUAACAAAAUGUGGAAAAAGUCAAGGGGUCUGAAUAUUUUCCGAAGGCAAGUAUGUGGACACCUGCUCGUCAAACAUCUCAUUCCAAAAUCAUGGGCAUUAAUAUGGAGUUGGUCCCCCCUUUGCUGCUUUAACAGCCUCCACUCUUCUGGUAAGGCUUUCAACUAGUAGUUGGAACAUUGCUGCGGGGACUUGCUUCCAUUCAGCCACAACAGCACUCGUGAGGCCGGGCACUGAUGUUGGGCGAUUAUGCCUGGCUCGCAGUUGGCAUUCCAAUUCAUCCUAAAGGUGUUCGAUGGGGUUGAGGUCAGGGCUCUUUGCAGGCCAGUCAAGUUCUUACACACCGAUCUCGACAAACCAUUUCUGUAUGGACCUCGCUUUGUGCACGGGGGCAUUGCCAUGCUGAAACAGGAAAGGGCCGUCCACAAACUGUUGCCACAAAGUUGGAAGCACAGAAUUGUCUAGAAUGUCAUUGUAUGCUGUAGUGUUAAGAUUUCCCUUCACUGGAACUAAGGGGCCUAGCCCGAACCAUGUAAAACAGCCCCAGACCAUUAUUCCUCCUACACCAAACUUUACAGUUGGCACAUUGCAUUCGGGCAGGUAGCGUUCUCCUGGUAUCCGCCAAACCCAGAUUCGUCCGUCGGACUGCCAGAUGGUGAAGCGUGAUUCAUCACUCCAGAGAACGUGUUUCCACUGCUCCUGAGUCCAAUGGCGGUGAGCUUUACACCACUCUAGCCGGAGCUUGUCAUUGGUGAUCUGACUUGUUGGAAAAGUGGCAUCCUAUGACGGUGCCACGUUGAAUGUCUCUGAGCUCUUCAGUAAGACCAUUCUACUGCCAAUGUUUGUCUAAGGAGAUUGCAUGGCUGCAUGCUCGAUUUUAUACACCUGUCAUCAACGGGUGUGGCUGAAAUAGCCAAAUCCACUAUUUUGAAGCGGUGUCCACUUACUUUUGGCCGUGUAGUGUGUGUGUAUAUACUGUGUGUGUGUGUGUGUGUGUAUAUAUACUGAACAAAAAUAAAAACGCAACAUGUAAAGUGUUGGUUUCAUGAGCUGAAAUAAAAGAUUCCAGAAAUUUUCCAAACGCGCAUAAAGCUUAUUGCUCACAAAUUUGGUGCACAAAUUUGUUACAUCCCUGUUAGUGAGCAUUUCUCCUUUGCCAAGAUAAUCCAUCCACCUGACAGGUGUGGCAUAUCAAGAAGCUGAUAAAUUUAUUGCUGGGGACAAUAAAAGGCCACUCUAAAAUGUACAGUUUUGUCACCCAACACAAUGCCACAGAUGUCUCAAGUUUUGAGGGAGUGUGCAAUUGGCAUGCUUACUGCAGGAAAGUCCACCAGACCUGUUGCCAGAGAAUUUAAUGUUUUUCUCUACAAUAAGCCGCCUCCAACGUCAUUUUAGAGAAUUUGGCAGUACUUCCAACCUGCCUCACAACCGCAGACCACGUGUAACCACGCCAGCCCAGGAACUCCACAUCAGUUUUCUUCACCUGUGGGAUCGUCUGAGUCCAGCCACCCCGACAGCCGAUGAAACUAAGGAGUAAUUCUGUCUGUAAUAGAGCCCAGGCAUACCCAUGGCUGCGCCCCUGCCCAGUCAUGUGACAUCCAUAGAUUAGGAACUAAUUUAUUUAUUUCAAUUGACUGAUUUCCUUAUAUGAACUGUAACUCAAUAAAAUCGUUGAAAUUGUUGCAUGUUGCGUUAAUAAUGGUGUGUACAGCAGUGGUUGUAUAGGAUGAGCCUUAACUAUAAUACAGUAUAUGCAUAUGAAGUGGGUAAAACAUUACAUACUUACAUUUACAGUAUGUAAACAUUUAUUAAAGUGACCAGUGUUCAAUGACUAUGUACAUAGAGUCUGGGUGGUAGCCGGUAACAGUAACAGUGACUAAAUGUCUUAGCUUCCUUCCUGAAGGUGGUUCUCAAUUCACAUCUCCUGAGUUUGAGACAUUCCUGAAACACUUUCGCCCACUUGUCACCCAGAGAGGUUGGGUCAAAGUGCUGAGAAAAUGUUAAUUGAGUGUGUUCUGCAGGAGUUCCGUCGUGAUGGCCAUGACCUCCACAUGACGCAGCGUAUCGGCCUGGUGGAAGCUCUGUGUGGCUUUCAGUUGGCGGUCACACACCUCGACGGACGCCAGCUAGCCGUCAAAUAUCCCCCUGGCAAGGUCAUAGACCCAGGUAAACACACACCACAACACACACACACCGCCUCAAGCUUAAAGGGGGGCUGAACUUCCUGAUUUGGCCUAGUUUUUCGGCUUGGUCAUUAAGAAAUGCAGCUGCCAUGACUGAAGCCAAACAAGAGUUGUUUUGGGGGGGGGGGUUAAUGUGUGUGUGUGUGUGUGUUCGGAUGUGGCAAGCGUUUGUACAUUCACUAUGCCAAAACAGUACACAGUUAUUCACUCACGCUUGUAGAUAACUUGAAACAGUCUAACCAUGUGUCUUGAAGUCGCCUAGGCUAGCUAGUGCUAGCCAACUUCUUUCGCCAAUUAGCUUCAGCCGGCUGGUGUGCGACAGUGGCGAAGUUGGUUUGAUAUUGUAUAGCCUAACUCUGGGGCUAGUUAGGGACCGUCAAUAAAUAGCUAAAUGUAAAUUAAACAAUAUUGUCAUGUUGCACAUCGUUUCGUUAUCUCAUUAAAUGCGUUCAAUAUUUGUAUAUUAAUAUUUCUACAAUUAAUAGAUGGUUUGAGGUUUUUAAGUCAUUGAAAUUUGGAGCUAUUGACAUUUUAAAAUAUUGUCCCAUGUACAUUGUGUAAUUGACUUAUGGUCCCUAACUAGCCCCAUAGGCAUAUCAAAUCCAAAUUGACCAUGGGCAUUACGAUCGGGUCGCAUGCAGCUGCGCUCCGAAUUGAUGAUUACUUGUGUGUUGCCAGCUGUGGUAGGAUUGAAAUAAACCCAACCAAAGGAACACUUACGGUACCCUUCAUUCCAUGACAUACAAUUUUUUUGAGAAUGACUUUAUGAUCCAAAUGAUCCAAUUUACACUUUGUAGUACAUUUUGACAUGAUAAUACAUGUUUCUGACUAAUAUCGAUGCCAAAUAGGACGUUUUCAAAACGAGAAGUUUCUUUUUAGGGGCAGUCGCUCUUUAACUUGAUCUAUUUGGUUCGCCCUGUAUCAUUACAUUGAUGAUUGUUUGUGUGUGUGUGUGUGUGUGUGUGUGUCAGGUUGUAUCCGAGUGGUGAAGGGAGAGGGGAUGCCUCAGUACAGGAACCCCUUUGAGAAGGGAGAUCUGUUCAUCAAGUUUGAUGUCCAGUUCCCUGACAACAACUGGAUCAGCCCUGAGAAACUCACCGUGAGUACCUCCAGAGAACCAAAUAGCCCGUCUAAGGUGUCUAACCACUGACGUGCAUCACACAUUGUCUUAACCUUUACUUUGUGUGUGUAAUAUACAGAAUGUGUGUUUUACCUGUGUGUGUAGGAGUUGGAGGACCUGCUGCCUGCGCGUGCGGAGGGACCAGUCAUCUCGUCGGAGGCAGAGGAGGUUGACCUCCAGGACUGUGAGGUCAGAGGUCAGGGGUCAGCGGGGGCCAGGAGGGAGGCCUACAACGACAGCUCUGAUGAGGAGGGGGGGCCGCACGGCCCAGGGGUACAGUGUGCCCACCAGUAGACUGAAUAAACACACACACCCCGACAACCCUCUCUCUCCAGUCUGUGUGCCCAUCUGUUGUGAGGGAAGGGCACCUCCCUACUGCACCCUGCCCCUCCCCCAGGUCCCAUCAGGACCCUCCAUCCUCUUCAUUCCGCCAUCAGAGUGUGUGGGUGUGGUCAGCAGGCUGUGCUGGAUGUGUGGUGGCCAUUUGACAUCCUAGGAUUUUAGGCCCUACAGCUGUCUUUGGAAACGUUGUCAUUUGGGAACCUUGUGUAUAAAAUGAAUAUAUUGUCUGGUAAAAUUAAUUCAUUUAUCUAACAGGAUCAGUGUCGUAGUCUAGUCUUAGUCACAUCAGCGCAUGCUGAAAGACAUUUAACCACAGGCCUACCAUAGCCCCUGGCCUACACGGCAGCCUGCUGAGCCACACAGGAAGCGAGUGCAUCACUUCCUGUAAGCUCAAAUUCCUCUCAUCAUGAGUUACCUGGGGACUUACUGGUUCAGAUUUGUUUCCACCAAUCACAUAGCUUGAAUCUUUAGGAUUAUUUACCUUUCAGUCAGAAAACAACAUGUUUCUCUUCUGCGUGAGGAUUGUGUGCUUUUGCGCAUGCGUGCGUGUGACCACAGAUCUUUUGUCUGAGUAGCAUACUCUAUUCCUCUUUCUAAACUCAGGCAAGGCUCUGUGUGUAGAAUGUUCUGGCUUCUCUACUCAUAGCGGUAUGUAUUCUGUGUGUAGCGGCAGUGUGAGUGAAGACCUCAUGUUUACGCUCAAUUAAAGAUAAAAACACCUGAAUUGGUUAAGAACUUCUCCCACCUUGACCAUGUCACCUUUAACCCUCGACCCCUAACCUCUGUAUUAUACACAACUCUCCAUGCCAGUAGAACUGUCACAUGCCAUCUCAACUUCCAUUCCCUUAGCUCUGUAAAUACCAGCCACAACCCCAUCCCCUGUGCACGGUCACAUCUCAAUACUUUUCAGCUGCCUCCUCCCCUCCUAUCCAAAUUCCUGUCCUUCAUCUGCACUGAUGGGACAAGACAGCAGGGUCAUGUUCAGUUGGCACAAAUUAGAUUAUUUUUUUUAACAACUUGAACUUGUCCAAUAAAAAAACACUUUAAUUUCCAGUUUCAAAACAUGUUGCUACAGUCUGCCCUAUUGAACAUGGUCCAGGUGAAAGCAUUAUGGCAUUACUAGGCCACACAUGGAUUUUCUUUCUAUUGUCCAGUUCUGAGAUCAGUGCAGAUGGAGAGGAUAGGAGGCUACUUUAGACUGUAGAGAUGUAGUCAUGUGACUGUCACUGUAUAUAUGAUAUAGGCCACUGGAGGGACAUACUACAGACCAACAGACGGGGGCUUUAUUAAGUAAGUGAUAUUAUUGUUGAUGAUGUUCAUGUUUGUCAGGAUGACAAUUUAACUGUAUAAUAAACUCUGUCACCAUCAGCUCUCUGCCUCUAUUCAUCCACUUACCAGCAGGCUACAGUAUUUAAGCUGAUGACGGUUUAAUAAAAAAAAG